AAGCAGGCAACAAGACAGAAGUCCAUAGGCUGUGCAUGCGUCACAAGUCCGCCGUCCCAGACAUGGCGUUACGCUGGCCUUUUCUCCUAGUGCGCAAAAGGCGAGCGGAGUUGCUCCGGAGUAGCUUCGGUGGCGGGACUUCCCGGCUGCCCCUUCUUGGCGCUCGGCGAGGUUUUUCUUGUAGCCAAAGCACUGACGCUGCUGAAGUCUCCCCUUCUGGAGACCACCUGAUAUACACGCCAGAGCAUUUCGCCCUGCGAGCGUCUCUGAGAAAGAUUAUUGUCAAAGAAAUUAACCCAUUUGUGGAUAAAUGGGAAGAAGAGGGACAAUUUCCAGCACACCAAGUUUUUAAAUUACUGGGGAAGGCUGGAUUUCUUGGAGUGAACAAACCAACUGAAUAUGGCGGCUUGGGCUUGGACUUUUCCUACAGCAUUGCAGUGGCAGAAGAACUGGGGAAUAUUCGCUGUGGAGGCGUUCCCAUGGCGAUUGGAGUGCAAGCUGACAUGGCUACUCCUGCCCUUGCAAGAUUUGGGUCUGAUGAGCUGAAACAACAGUUCCUUGCCCCGACUAUAGCUGGGGAUGUAGUGGCCUGCUUAGGAGUCAGCGAGCCUGGGGCAGGCUCAGAUGUUGCGAGUAUCAAGACAAAGGCCAUAAGGAAAGGGGGCGACUAUGUCAUAAAUGGUGGCAAAAUGUGGAUUACUUCUGGGUGUCAGGCUGAUUGGAUGUGUCUGCUAGCAAACACGAGUGACGGGCCACCUCACAGAAACAAAUCUCUUAUAUGUCUGCCCAUGAAGUUACCUGGUGUUCAGAUUGCCAAGAAGAUCGACAAAAUGGGCAUGAGGUCAUCCGACACAGCACAGAUCUUUUUUGAAGAUGUCAGAGUUCCCAGCAAAUACAUUAUUGGGGAGGAGGGAAUGGGUUUUACGUACCAGAUGUUGCAAUUCCAAGAGGAGCGUCUGUGGGGAGUAGCCAACAUUUUGAUACAAUUUGACAAUGCGAUAAAAGAAACUAUUGAUUAUACUCUCCAACGUAAGGCAUUCAACCAGCCAAUACUUCAUAACCAAGUAGUGCACUUUCGUCUGGCUGAAUUAGAAACUGAGGUAGAGCUCCUUCGUUCCUUGCUCUAUCGGGCUGUUGCUCUCUACAUACGUAGGAAUGAUGUGACCAAAUUUGCAUCCAUGGCUAAACUGAAGGCUGGGCGUCUAGCUCGGGAGCUAACAGAUAGCUGUCUUCAGUACUGGGGAGGAAUGGGAUUCACUAACGAGGUCCUAGUGAACAGAAUUUACAGAGACUCAAGAUUGCUGUCCAUUGGAGGUGGUGCUGAUGAAGUCAUGCUUUCCAUUAUCUGCAAGUACAUGGGCACCUUACCGAAGAAGUAGCAUCCAUAAAUCUUAUAUUUGUUUAUAUCUUGAUGAUUUGCAUCAGGGAGAUCUUCUGCUUGGGAAAAGAUUAUGGAAGAAAGCUAUUCAAAAUCAACUAAUGAACUAAGCCAACUACUUAGUUCAUACUUGCUGGGUGACUCUGGGCCAGUCACUUCUCUCUCAGCCGAACCUACUUCACAGGGUUGUUGUGAGGAGAGACUUAAGUAUGUAGUGCACCGCUCUGGGCUCCUUGGAGGAAGAGGAUAUAAAAUGUAAAAUAAUAAUAAUAAAAUUCAUGUUGCUAGGACUUUGUCUUGUGUAGACAAUAGGCUAUACCAUACAACCACUGCUAGGGGCGGAAAUGUUGCCUUAUUUUGCUAAAGGUUCUGUGAACAACCCUCUCACUAGCAAGCAUAUGGCCUGCUUGAAUGCACAAACCUCCCUUAUUUUGAGUCAGACCAUUGGCCCAUCGAGCUCAUUAUUGUCUACACUAACUGACAGGGGUCUCCAAGAUUUUAAGCAGGAGUCUUCCCUGAAGGUGCCAGUUCUCCUUGCAAAGCAGGUGCUCUACUGCUGAGCCAGAACCACCUUCUCCGAGUGACUAGUGAAUUCUUAGAAAGCUAAGAAACCCUAACAAGAAAACUAGAAUUUGAGCAACAGUACAUAAGUUUGAAUGGAAGAGUACUUAUAUAAACCACUGAUGGGUAGAUUUCAAACAUGAUUUUUCUUGGCUUUUAAAUGUGAAAUAAAGUGAUUUGCUUAGUUUUCAAAUUACGCAUGUUACCAAAUUGAAAGCAUGUUCUCCUUAGCCAAGGAGAACUUGAAGCAUCAGUCUUGUCUUUUAAAAUGCCUGCAGGAAUCUUAUCACACUCUACUCCAGUGAGGCUUCAGACUCCUAAUUUGGAAUAGCAAAGUAUUGAUUGGUGUGGUGUGCACCUUGGUGUGGUGUGCACAGCACAUAUCUAGACUGAUGGAAUAAUUGCUUAGGUUUAUUAUUGGGGCAAGAGUUUUCAGCAUGAAAGUAAUUAAGAUGGAUAAUUCACAAAAUAUACAUUGCAAAACGAAUUCCCCUAAAAAUUUCCUUUUACAGAUGGUUUGCUAAAUUAAGCCACCAUACCUGACAAUCAAGAUGUAGGAAUUUACUUGCAGUAAGUCAUAAAUAUUAGCUUUGUACUAGGCUGAAUAAAGCUAUUUGUAAUUUCAGAA